GGCUGGUCCAGCGCUGUGUCAUCGUCCAGCGGGAUCAGCACGGCUUCGGCUUCACCGUCAGCGGAGACCGCGUGGUGCUGGUGCAGUCCGUGCGGCCGGGCGGGGCCGCCAUGAGGGCCGGAGUGCACGAGGGUGACCGCAUCCUAAAGGUGAACGGGACGAUGGUGACCAACAGCUCCCACCUCGAGGUGGUGAAGUUGAUCAAAUCCGGUGCCUACGUGGCCCUGACCCUGUUGGGGUCCCCCCCCGGCCCCGUGGGGAUCUCGGGGAUCCCCCAGCAGGACCCGGAGCCGGGAUCGGGAUCGGGAUCGGGGUGUGCCCAACCCCUGCCCCAGCAGCAGCGAAUCACCGACCCCAAACCCCUCCAGGUGAGCCCCACAUUCCCAAAAUUCCCGAAUUUCCCACCCCAAACCCCUCCAGGUGAGCCCCACAUUCCCAAAAUUCCCGAAUUUCCCACCCCAAACCCCUCCAGGUGA